AUGGCCAUUGUGUCAGGGAAAUUGGGCACCUCGCUGAUACGUAAAGCGGCGCCUCGCUCCUCUCGACGACGACGGUCGGCCCACGUGAGUGGCACAGACGAGGGCGGCCUACAUCGCGGCGUCGACGACGAGGGUUACGCCGAGCCCGAGACCAGCACGUACCGCAAGCGCCUCAUGACCUUCGACAUCGACGACCCGCUACACAGGGACUUCCUGAAGGCUGUCCAUGACCGCGGGCCUGCCGUCGUCGUAGUGGAGCCGGUUCACGUCGUGGCAAACGGCAAGUUGCCGUCCAGCCAGCAAAACGGCGUCAACGUCACGCACUUGGAUCCGGGGCUGUAUCCGGACGAAUCGCCGAAAGAAGCAAGGGAGGUCCACGUGCAGACAAGCACUUGGUCCGACUGCUGCGAUCCCAGCUCGGUGUGCUUGCCAUCUCGAAGGCGCCGCAAUGCCAGCUUUUUCGGCAGCACCGAAGAGCUCAACCGUGAGCGCAGCCGCCAGGAGUCAUCCGGACACUGCGUCAUACACCCCUGCAGUGUCUUCAGGAUGUACUGGGAUUUGUGUCUAACAGUACUUCUGGUGGCCAACCUGGUGCUCAUUCCUGUGGACGUGGCCUUUUUCGCCGACCCUGGUGAUCUUUACUGGAUGGCCUUUCACCUGACGUCGGACGCGAUCUUCUUUGUGGACAUCGUCUUCAACUUUCGCACCGGCGUGAUCACGACUGAAGGUGUAGAACGGGUGAACUUGGACCCGAAGUACAUCGCGCGCCACUACCUGAAGACCUGGUUUCUGCUUGACUUCCUGAGCACGGUGCCGUUCGACUACAUCUGCGUGCUGGUGGAAAGCACCUUCCAGAGCCUUCAGAAGCCGGGUGCCCUGUCCGCUAUACGGCUGUUGCACCUCGCCAAGCUUCUCGGUUUGCUGAAACUGCUCAGGCUGUCUAGGUUGUGCAGGUACCUCAGCAGCCUCCAGGAGCACACGUUUGCGUUCUCCUCCACGGUCUACCUGAGCCUGGCAAACAUUGUGGGCUUCAUGCUACUCAUUGCUCACUGGAACGGCUGCUUGCAGUUCUUCGUAGCCAUGAUGCAGGGAUUCCCCGAGGGCAGCUGGGUACAGAGGGACGGCAUACAGAACCGACCUAUAUUCGAGCAGUACUCCUGGUCCAUGUUCAACGCGCUGUCUCAAAUGCUGUCCAUCGGGUAUGGACAGAACGCGCCAGUCACAGUCAUCGACAUGUGGCUUGUCACCCUAGGCAUGCUCACCGGUGCCACGGGCUACGCGCUCCUUAUUGGCCACGCCACAACGCUCAUUCAGAGCCUGGACUACACCAAGAGGUUGCAUCGGGAAAAGAUGGAGCGAGUGGAAGAGUACAUGCAGUACCGUCGCAUGCCCAAAGACCUUCGUUUCCGGGUGCGAAAUUACUUCGAACAUCGGCACGAAGGAAAGGCCUUCGACGAAGAUGCCAUACUGGCCGAGCUUUCGCAGCCCCUCAAGGAGGAUGUGAUGAAGCACAACUGUCGGGCUACGCUGCGCGCGGUGCCCUUCCUGUCGCACGUGGACCCGGGAUUCGUGAGUGACCUGGUGACUAGGCUGCGGUACGAGUUCUUCCAACCGGGGGACGUCAUCAUACAGCAGGGGUCCGUGGGCCGCAAGAUGUACUUCAUCCAGUCGGGCACCGUCAAGCUGCUUCUCGAUGGCUCACAGUUCCUCGGCACGCUGUCCGAGGGCAGCUACUUCGGAGAAAUCUGCCUGCUGACGAAGACGACAAGGAAUGCUAGCGUCAUCGCGGACACCUACUGCGACCUCUUCUCGCUGUCCGUGGAGAACUUCAAUGAGGUGCUGCAGCAGUACCCCCUGAUGCGCAGCUCGCUCGAAGCCACCGCGGCUCAACGCAUCGCGCACAACUCAACGUUCCGAGCGUGCGACAGCGAACACUUAUGA